AUGAAAGCACUAAAAAAGACAGCACCAACAACAGCAAGUAUGAAAGCACUAACAGAGACAGCACCAACAACAGCAAGUAUGAAAGCAGAAAAAAAGACAGCACCAACAACAGCAAGUAUGAAAGCAAUAACAAAGACAGUACCAACAACAGCAAGUAUGAAAGCACUAACAAAGACAGCAGCAACAACAGCAAGUAUGAAAGCACUAACAAAGACAGCACCAACAACAGCAAGUAUGAAAGCACUAACAAAGACAGCGCUAACAACAGCAAGUAUGAAAGCACUAACAAAGACAGCACCAACAACAGCAAGUACGAAAACACUAACAAAGACAGCACCAAUAACAGCAAGUAUGAAAGCACUAACAAAGACAGCGCCAAGAACAGCAAGUACGAAAGCACUAACAAAGACAGUGCCUACAACAGCAAGUAUGAAAGCACUAACAAAGACAGCGCCAAGAACAGCAAGUACGAAAGCACUAACAAAGACAGUGCCUACAUCAGCAAGUAUGAAAGCACUAACAAAGACAGCACCAACAACAGCAAGUGCGAAAGCACUAACAAAGACAGCACCAACAACAGCAAGUACGAAAGCACUAACAAAGACAGGGCCAACAACAGCAAGUAUGAAAGCAUUAACAAAGACAGCACCAACAACAGCAAGUAUGAAAGCACUAACAGAGACAGCACCAACAACAGCAAGUAUGAAAGCACUAACAAAGACAGCGCCAACAACAGCAAGUAUGAAUGCACUAACAAAGGCAGCGCCAACAGCAAGUAUGAAAGCACUAACAAAGACAGCGCCAACAACAGCAAGUAUGAAAGCACUAACAAAGACAGCACCAACAACAGCAAGUAUGAAAGCACUAACAAAGACAGCGCCAACAACAGCAAGUAUGAAAGCACUAACAAAGAGAGCACCAACAGCAAGUAUGAAAGCACUAACAAAGACAGCGUCAACAGCAAGUAUGAAAGCACUAACAAAGACAGCGCCAACAACAGCAAGUAUGAAAGCACUAACAAAGACAGCGCCAACAACAGCAAGUGCUAACAAAGACAGCUCCAACAACAGCAAGUAUGAAAGCACUAACAAAGACAGCACCAACAACAGCAAGUACAAAAGCACUAACAAAGACAGAGCCAACAACAGCAAGUAUGAAAGCACUAACAAAGACAGCGCCAACAACAGCAAGUACAAAAGCACUAACAAAGACAGCGCCAACAACAGCAAGUAUGAAAGCACUAACAAAGACAGCACCAACAACAGCAAGUAUGAAAGCACUAACAAAGACAGCACCAACAACAGCAAGUAUGAAAGCACUAACAAAGACAGCACCAACAACAGCAAGUAUGAAAGCACUAACAAAGACAGCGCCAACAACAGCAAGUAUGAAAGCACUAACAAAGACAGCGCCAACAACAGCAAGUAUGAAAGCACUAACAAAGACAGCUCCAGCAACAGCAAGUAUGAAAGCACUAACAAAGACAGCAACAACAACAGCAAGUAUGAAAGUAACAAAGACAGCACCAACAACAAGUAUGAAAGUAACAAAGACAGCACCAACAACAGCAAGUAUGAAAGCACUAACAAAGACAGCACCAACAACAGCAAGUAUGAAAGCACUAACAAAGACAGCACCAACAACAGCAAGUAUAAAAGCACUAACAAAGACAGCACCAACAAUAGCAAGUAUGAAAGCACUAACAAAGACAGCACCAACAGCAAGUAUGAAAGCACUAACAAAGACAGCACCAACAACAGCAAGUAUGAAAAGCACUAA